GGAGAGAGGCAGGGGAGAGAGAGGCAGAGGGAGAGAGGCAGAGGGAGAGAGAGAGAGAGAGAGAGAGAGAGAGAGAGAGAGAGAGAGAGAGAGAGAGAGAGAGAGAGAGAGAGACAG